AUGGCUGAUUCGAAGUCCGGCAAGCCGGCUGGACCUUCAUCGCAGUCGUCAAGCAGCCAACCUCCGAGCAAGCCCAUGUCUCAGCGACGAGGCUUCCUCCCCUUACUGAUAAUUACAGCAUGCAUUGGAGGACUGCUCUGGUCAAGACUUUCCCCUUCGAUAACGGGCUCAAUAUCGCACACGCCCAUCAACUUGCCUGAUGGCUUCAGCAAUUGCCAUGCCUCAUACUUCGAUGAUGUGCCUGGAUUGCUCGGCACCAAACGUCUGAAGGUCUCUGCGGAACCCGUCAUCGGCCAUCAAGUCGACUGGACACCAGGAACAGAAAUCUACAGGGCCAACCCAUCAGCUUUCGCACCCGAGACGUCGAAUCUGUCUUUCUGCCACCUGGUGUACAGCUACACAAAUGUUGGAUAUGGAAACCAUGUCAAUGUGACAGUAUACCUGCCCAAAGCAGAUACUUGGAAUGGCCGAUUUCAGGGUUCCGGAGGCGGGGGAUACUUGACAGGGAUGGGCGACGUUGUUCUCUCACCAGCUGUGGCCAGAGGCUGGGCUGUUGCAGGCACUAAUGGUGGCCUGAAUCCCGACAAAAUAGAUCCAAGAUCAGGUGGCGCCCUCGACUGGGCUAUCUCGGACGGCAACAUUGACUGGAAUAUGCUUCACAUGUUUGGCAUAAGGGCUAUUGAAGACAUGACGCGGAUUGGCAAAGCUGUAACCAGACAUUACUACAGUCGUAGCCACACCGGCGACCGCAAGAUCCCCUCAUACUGGAAUGGCUGCUCAACGGGUGGGCGACAAGGCCUCAUGCUCGCUCAACGUGCCCCUGAGCUUUACGACGGCAUUCUCGCUAGUGCUCCCGCAGUCGAAUACAGCCGACUGUUGCUCGGCAUGAGUCGUGGCCAACAGAUGAUGUAUCAGCACAGUGAGUUCCCUCAAUUAUGCGAGAUAGCGCACAUCCAAGCCGCCGCGGUAAGCAGGUGUGACGCUCUUGAUGGCAUCAAAGACGGCCUGAUCUCCUCACCAGAGCUCUGCACAUUCGAUCCUCUCACCCUAGUCGGUAACGUGAUUCCCUGUCCCGGUGCGCCAGCCGGCGAGACUAGACUCUCUCGCUUUGCCGCAAGCCUGGCGAUCGAAUUAUGGCGUGGAGUUCAACUGCCAACCGACCCAAAGACUGUGCUACACCCUGGGCUGCUUCACGAGGCGCCUCUUAUGGCUUUGUUGGCAACGACUUGUACCUACGACAACACCACCAGCAAAUCAGCUUGUACACCCAUCCCAAUCCAUCUGACCACGGCGUACCUAGGACUUGUUCUGUCGCUCAACCGUGGCACCAUCCCUCUCCUUCCGCCUCCGUCGUCGCACGCUUCGGUGCACAACCUCACAGACGAGCAAUACUACAGGCUCUGGUCACUAGCAAUCCAAGACCUGACACCAGUGAUUAGCGCAAAUAACCCCGACCUCUCGCACUUUGCGAGCGCACCUCAGAAGCCCAAAAUGAUUACCUGGCACGGCCUCGCUGAUGCUUUGAUCGCACCGGAGCAUACCUUGGACUACUAUCGCCAGGUUGAGGAGCACUUCACGAGCCACCGAACGGAAUACAGCAUUGCUCAAGCCAAAGACGCUUCUGGGGACCUGAAAGAUGUGCGCGAGUUCUACCGAUAUUACGUCGCGCCUGGUGUCGGACACUGCGGUCUUGGGCCAGGACCAGCACCUGGCGGAAUGCUCGACAGUGGCGGUGCGCUCGAUCAGUUGGUCGAAUGGGUUGAGAAGGGAACAGUGCCGGAGGUGUUGGAGGCGGUCAGUGGUGUCAGGAAGGACUUGCUGGGAAAAUUGGAGGAGACAGAGGGAUGGGACGGGCGGAUCAGGCGGCCACUAUGUACGUGGCCCAAGAAGCUGUCUGGGCCGGCAAAGGGAAGGAUGGGAAGAUGGGGCCUUGGUGGGAGCGCGAGGGCUGGUCCUGCGAAUAAGUGUGCAGACUCGCUGGACGAUAAGCUCUGUCUACUGCCUUGA